ACCUGCAGGCCCCUCGCCCGCUGCGCCCCGGCGCACUCCUGGCCUCUUCUGCGGACUGAUCUCGCGCGGUGCCUGGGCCGCGGGUGCCGGACCGACAAGGGCCAUGGCGAGCGGUGCCGCCAGGUACCGGCUGAGUUGCUCGCUUCCAGGCCACGAGCUGGAUGUGCGGGGCCUGGUAUGCAGCCUCUAUCCGCCGGGGGCCUUUGUGUCCGUGUCCCGAGACCGCACCACCCGUCUCUGGGUCCCAGACAGUCCUAACAGGGGCUUUACAGAAAUGCACUGUAUGAGUGGCCACUCCAAUUUUGUAUCUUGUGUAUGCAUCAUACCUUCAAGUGAUAUGUACCCUCAUGGACUAAUUGCCACUGGAGGAAAUGACCACAAUAUUUGUAUUUUCUCACUGGAAAGUCCAGCACCACUUUAUAUACUAAAAGGUCACAAAAAUACUGUUUGUAGUCUUUCAUCUGGAAAAUUUGGGACAUUACUUAGUGGCUCAUGGGAUACCACUGCUAAAGUGUGGCUGAAUGACAAGUGCAUGAUGACCUUACAGGGUCAUACAGCCGCAGUAUGGGCGGUAAAGAUCUUACCUGAACAGGGCUUAAUGUUAACUGGAUCAGCAGACAAGACUAUUAAGCUGUGGAAAGCUGGAAGAUGCGAGAGGACUUUUUCAGGGCAUGAAGACUGUGUACGAGGUUUAGCAAUUUUGAGUGAAACAGAAUUUCUUUCCUGUGCAAAUGAUGCUAGUAUUAGAAGGUGGCAAAUCACUGGCGAGUGUCUUGAAGUAUAUUAUGGACAUACCAACUAUAUUUAUAGCAUAUCUGUUUUUCCAAAUUGUAAAGAUUUUGUGACAACGGCAGAAGACAGAUCUCUGAGAAUCUGGAAACGUGGGGAAUGUGCCCAGACAAUCCGACUUCCAGCUCAGUCUAUAUGGUGCUGCUGUGUUCUAGCCAAUGGUGACAUUGUGGUUGGUGCGAGUGAUGGUAUUAUUAGAGUGUUUACGGAAUCAGAGGAUCGGACAGCAAGUGCUGAGGAAAUCAAGGCUUUUGAAAAAGAACUCUCUCAGGCAACCAUUGAUUCUAAAACCGGUGAUUUAGGGGACAUUAAUGCUGAGCAGCUUCCUGGGAGGGAACAUCUGAAUGAACCUGGUACUAGAGAAGGACAGACUCGUCUAAUCAAAGAUGGGGAGAAAGUCGAAGCCUAUCAGUGGAGUGUUAGCGAAGGGAGGUGGAUAAAAAUUGGUGAUGUUGUUGGCUCAUCUGGUGCUAAUCAGCAAACAUCUGGAAAAGUUUUAUAUGAAGGAAAAGAGUUUGAUUAUGUUUUCUCAAUUGAUGUCAAUGAAGGUGGACCAUCGUAUAAAUUGCCAUAUAACGUCAGUGAUGAUCCUUGGUUAACUGCAUACAACUUCUUACAGAAGAAUGAUUUGAAUCCCAUGUUUUUGGAUCAAGUGGCUAAAUUUAUUAUUGAUAACACGAAAGGUCAAACCUUAGGACUUGGGAACACCAGUUUUUCAGAUCCUUUUACAGGUGGUGGUCGGUAUGUUCCAGGGUCUUCAUCAGGAUCUGCUAACACGCUGCCUGCGGCAGAUCCUUUUACAGGCAGUGGUCGUUAUGUGCCAGGGUCUGCCAGUAUGGGGACUACCAUGGCUGGAGCUGAUCCAUUUACAGGCAAUAGUGCCUACCGAUCAGCUGCAUCUAAGACGGUGAAUAUUUAUUUCCCUAAAAAAGAGGCUGUCACUUUUGACCAGGCAAACCCUACACAAAUAUUAGGUAAACUGAAGGAACUUAAUGGAGCUGCAUCUGAAGAGAAGAAGUUAACGGAGGAUGACUUGAUACUUCUUGAAAAGAUACUGUCUCUAAUAUGUAAUAAUUCUUCAGAAAAACCCACAGCCCAGCAACUUCAGAUUCUGUGGAAAGCUAUUUACUGGCCUGAAGAUAUUGUCUUUCCUGCACUUGACAUUCUUCGGUUGUCAAUUAAACAUCCCAGCGUGAACGAGAACUUCUGCAACGAAAAGGAAGGGGCUCAGUUCAGCAGUCAUCUUAUCAGUCUUCUGAACCCUAAAGGAAAGCCGGCAAACCAGCUGCUUGCUCUGAGGACUUUUUGCAAUUGUUUUGUUGGCCAGGCAGGACAAAAGCUCAUGAUGUCCCAAAGGGAAUCUCUAAUGUCACAUGCAAUAGAACUGAAAUCAGGGAGCAAUAAGAACAUUCACAUUGCUCUGGCUACAUUGACCCUGAACUAUUCUGUUUGUUUUCAUAAAGACCAUAACAUUGAAGGGAAAGCUCAGUGCUUGUCAGUAAUUAGCACAGUCUUGGAAGUUGUACAAGACCUCGAAGCCACUUUUAGACUCCUUGUGGCUCUUGGGACACUUAUCAGUGACGAUUUAAAUGCUGUACAGUUAGCCAAGUCUUUAGGUGUUGAUUCUCAAAUAAAAAAGUAUGCCUCAGUAUCAGAACCAGCUAAAGUAAGUGAAUGCUGUAGACUUAUCCUAAAUUUACUGUAA